UGCCUUUGCAGCAGAGGAGCAAAAGAGGAUGAGUUAGCGAGUGUGUGUGUGUGUGUGAGUGUGUGUGUGAGUGUGUGUGCAGCCGCUGUGGUGUUUUGCGGGACAAGAUGCGGAUGGGAUUUUUGUCCGAGCGCCGACGCGUCGCCGGAUGAACCUCCGACGGGUGCAGUUGCAAGAGGAGUGUGUGAGUGGGUGCCGCAGUGGCUGGAGGAAAAAAACAAUGUCUCAACUCUAGUUUCAACGAGAUGGAUGUGACGACUUGAACGGUGCACACUGCGAGGAGGAGGAUGUAGCUGCUUUCCUUUUCUUUUUUUUGUCUUCUUCUUCUUUUUUAGAGAGAGAGAGAGAGAGAGAGAGCUCUUCUGGUUGGAACAUCUUCACUGAUCCGCGGAGAUUCGUCGCUCGGUCGGGAUGGAGUCGGGGGUCUUCCUGCCCUGUCUGGACCAGUUCAUGCUGAGCCCACUCGUCACUUGGGUCAAGACGUUUGUGCCCAACGAUGGAGGCCUGCACCUGGACCUGUCUGAGUUACUGGACGGAGUCUUUUUGAGCGACAUCAUGACCCAGAUAAAUCCCUCAGCUGCUCCCCAGGGCGCAAACAACGUGAGCAGGGAUCCGGGUCAGAGGAUCCAGAACCUGAACUGCCUCGUGCAGCAAAUCAAGUCAUAUUAUCUGGAUGAUCUGAGACAAUUGAUCCUGAUUCCUUUGCCAAAUGUGUUGCUGCUUGCCAGGACUCCUUACUGUGAACAAAGUCUGGAGGAAAUGAAGAAACUGUUGCUGUUACUGUUAGGAUGUGCAGUUCAGUGUGAGAAGAAAGAGCAGUACAUCGAGAGGAUCCAAACGCUCGACUUUGACACAAAAGCUGCAAUAGCUGCACACAUUCAGGAGCUGACCCACAGUCAGGAGAACGUGCUGGAUCUGCAGUGGUUGGAGGCCAGCGAGAUGAACGCAGAUGAGGUGGAGGCCAUCGCCAGGAGCAUGGCCACUCACCUCCGACACCUGCUGGACCAGAGGGACACCCAUCUGGAGACCAUAGCGGAGCUGGUGCAGGAGAAAGAGGGCGUGGUUAGCUCGCUCAGCAGCCCCUCCAGCCCGCAGUCCGGCAGCUACUCCCCCAGCAUUCAGCAGCAGCAGCAGGCGGGGUCCCACCAACACUUGGCCGUGGAGCUGGCCGACUCCAAGGCCAAGAUCAGACGACUGAGGCAAGAAGUAGAGGAGAAGAGUGAACAGAUGCUGGACGGCAGACAUGAGCUGGAGAACAUGGAGGCAGAGCUGAAGAGGAUCCAACAGGAGAACUCCCAGCUGCUGGUGGACGCGCGCGCAGCCCGCACCUACCGAGAUGAGCUGGACGCCCUGCGAGAAAGAGCCAUCAAGGCGGACAAGCUGGAGAGCGAAGUGGGACGUUACAGAGAGCAGCUGCACAAGAUGGAGUUCUACAAGGCCAAAGUGGAGGAGCUAAAGGAGGAUAACAGGGUGCUACAGGAGACCAAAGAGGUGCUGGAGGAUCAGUUGGCCGGCUGGAGGGCACGCUCGGAUAAGAUCCACCAGCUGGAGAAGCACAGUCUGAUGCUAAAGGCCCAGGUCCACGACAUGGAACAGGAGAGGGAAGCGGAUCAGAGGCGCAUUGAGGAGUUGCAGGAGGAGAACCUGACUCUCUGUCUGGCUCAAAGGAGAAGCAUGGAGGAGUCUCAACACCUGGGCUGGGAGUUGGAGCAGCUCUCCAAGACCACCGAGAACUCCCAGGGGCAACAGACUCUGAGCGUGGAGGUGAGUGAGAGGGCGCGCAGUCAGAUGCUGAAGCUGGAGAAGGAGAACCAGAGCCUCCUGAGGAGCAUGGAGGAACUCAGAGCAGCCUCCGCCAGCAGCAGCCUACAGCCCAAACACUGCCACCACCGGGAGGGUGGCCGCGUUGGCACCAAAAACUGGACCUCAUCGGCAGACGAGCCCUCGGGGCUGCAAACCUCCUGCUCAAAUACGGAACACCACACCAUUAGAUUCCCACUGAGUAAAGCACCACAGCAGAGUCAGAACGGAGAUCCAAGCCCCCACCAGCAAGCAGCCCCGGUAGAGCUGGAGGGAGUCCAGGGUGAGAUCCUCCCCACAGAGGAUCCACGCCGUCAGAUCCAAGGGAAGGGACGACCGGAGGGCCGAGGCAGGGGAGACCAUUUCACAAAGCUGAUGUCUGAUCUGGAAGUUUUGGAAAACAUUCACAACAGGCUCCAUUGUUACGCCGGACCACACGAUCGCUCCCCUGGCUCCAAGGGCGGCAGUCCCUGCCACGACAGCACCUCCACAGGACCGCCGGCACGCUCCUCCUACGCCAGCAAGCACACACAGCGGCUGGAGGCCAAGUGCAAGGCCCUGGACACAGUUAAUCAGCAUCUACAGACUUCUCUUGACAACACGGACCGGAAAGUCCAGCGCCUGGAGGCAGAGGUUCAGGAGCUGGAGGCGGAGAACCAGAGUCUGCAGGCCACCUUGGAGGAACUUCGGAUCUCUGCGAGACGCCUCGAGCAACUGGAGGCAGAGAAGCAGAGCCUGGAGCAGGAAACGGCGGCGCUGGAGAAAGACAAGAGGCAGCUCGAGAAGGAGAACCGACGACUCCGCCAGCAGGCUGAAAUCCAGGAAGCCAACUUAGACAGCAGCAACGUCUGCAUGGCCGGCCUGGAGAGGGAGAUGCGUUUUCUGGUGAAGGAGGUGGAGGGGUUGAGGGAGACUGCGGAGAGGGUCAAAGGCCUGGAGGGAGACAACAGGGAACUGAGCAAGCAAGCUGCUAUCGACCAGAGGACCCUGGCCACGCUCAGAGAGGAGCUGGUGAGUGAGAAGCUGAAGACCCAGCAGAGACACAAUGAACUGGAGAAGCUGAGCCAUGAGCUGGAGAUGAAGGUCCUGAGCCAGGCUGAACACCAGGCACCAGACAGCAGCAGGUUCAAGAUGCUGGAGUCGGAGCUGGAGUCGUCUUUGAAGAGGUCUCUGCAGAUCAAAGAGGACAAGAUGGCCGCUCUGGAGGCUCGCCUGCAGGAAUCCUCCACCCUCAACCAGCAGCUGCGCCAGGAGCUCAGGACUGUGAGGCUGAGCUGCGAGGCCCUGCAGCAGAGGCAGGAGGAGGAGUCGGGCUCCAGCCCUCCGACCCAGACCGGCAAAGCGAUGAGUGAAUGGCUGCGUGAAAGCCAGGAAGCCACCAGGGAACUGCUGAAACUCAAGGACCGUCUCAUCGAAGUGGAGAGGAAUAAUGCGACACUGGAGGCAGAGCGCCAGGCCGCGCAGGCCCAGCUGAGGCAGCUGGAGAGUCAGUCUGACAGCCAGCAGGCUCAGAUCCUCGCCCUGCAGAGGCAGGCGGCCUCACUGCAGGAGAACAACACAGCGCUGCAGACACACAACGCUAACCUGCAGGUGGAGAAAUCUACGCUGAACUCGCAGAGCGCCUCCCUCAUGGCCCAGAAUGCUCAGCUGCAGCAGCAGCAGUCGGGGACGGAGAGCGAGCGGGACGGCGCCGCGCGGGAACGCGAAGAGCUGCGCGGCGUCCACGAGCAGCUGCUGCGAGACCACGAGCGGCUGGCCGCUCUGCACGAGUGCCAGGCCACGGAGUACGAGGCGCUGAUGGGCAAACAUGGCUGUCUGAAAAACGCCCACCGCACACUGGAGCUGGAGCAUCGCACGCUGCAGGACAGAUACAACAGCCUGCUGCAGCAGCGGGCCAAGCUAGAAGACCUGGAGAAGGCCCUGAGGGAGGAGCAGAUGAGGAUGGCUCUGGAGAAAGAGCAGCACAAGACAACCGCUGCUGAAUGUGGCAGGCUCCGGGAUGAGAAGGACUGGCUGAACCAGACGUACCGUCAGCUCCUCAAUGACAACGAGUUGCUGACGGCGGAUCACAAGCAGCUCAAGAGCCAGCUGAACGAGGCCAAGCUGGAGCACACGUGGCUGGAGGCCGACUUCUCCAAACUCAAGAAGGAGUUCCAACAGCUGGACAUCGCCUCCACAAAACUCAACAACCAGUGUGAGCUGCUGGGCCAGCUGAAGGGCAACCUGGAGGAGGAGAACCGCCACCUGCUCGGCCAGAUCGAGACCGUGAUGCUGCAGAACCGAACGCUGCUGGAGCAGAGCAUGGAGAGCAAGGAUCUGUUUCACGUCGAAGAGCGCCAGUACAUUGACAAGCUUCAUGAUUUGCGGAGGCAGAAGGAGAAGCUGGAGGAAAAGAUCAUGGACCAGUACAAGUUUUAUGAGCCCUCGCCUCCUCGCAGACGCGGAAACUGGAUCACCCUGAAACUGAAGAAGUUGAUGAAGUCCAGUAGCCGGGAGCACGGACCCGAGCGGCCCCCCACACCCACACACCCGGGCGUGACUGAGCCACACCUGCCCGGUCACGACAGCAGCUCCUUCCUCAGCUCAGAGGGCUCAGGCGGCUCGGCCUUCACCUCACCCCAGCGCAACAACAGCGCACUGAAAAUGUUUCCCCGUAUGAGGAACAGACUGAAGGACAGAGAUAAAGUCAAGUCCCUCUUCCGUCGAUCCAUGUCCCUGAGCAGCCUGGCCUCUCCCGUGGCCCCGUGGGCAGACGUGGAGGGCGACAGGAGGGACACACUGACCUCAUCCCUCACAACCUCCAUCUUGUCCAUUGUCCACCGUCACCAUCCCACCACUCCGGCCGACACUGUUCCGGAUGUUUCUGAGCUGUGGGCGACAGACAAGGAUUCAAAUGACAGCGCUGUGCCACUUGGAUUUGAGGACAACGAUGAGCUGCAGAACCACGCUCUGAAUGGCGCACAGAGUCGAGCCCACAGCGAGAGCAGCGGUGAGUUCAGCCUGAGUCUGGAGAAUGAGCCGUGGUCAAACGGCAGCAGCCCCGUCCAGCAGCCUCCAUCCCGCCGCUCAUCGUCCUCCUACCAGCCACCCAGCGAUACUUCCACCCCCCAACACAAGGGCAAAGCCUCUACCAUGCCCACUACCGGCAGUCAGAGCUCGGAUCUCCAGUCCACACCGAAACAGAAAGAUCUCGGGCUCUCUCAGGACUUCUGGCUCACAAGGGGCACAAAGAGCAUCCGAAAGGGGUCAAGAGGGAAAGUGAUACGUCGCUCGUCGGAUUCAGGGGGGAAAGGGAAAACGAACACAGAAUUCAGUGGCAAUUCUAGAUCGAGCUCAAUCAAAGCUGACACCGCCCGGGCCUCAGCUAUUUCACCGAUCACAGUGUUGUACGUUCAAGGGAAGUCAUCCUCAGUGUCUGGCUGCCUCAACUGCUUCUCCACCCCUCUGGGGAAAGAGGGGCGACUGAAAGGGCCUCGGCCGCCUAACGGUCUCCCCCGAGCCAGCAGUGUGAUAUCUACAGCCGAGGGCUCAUCCCGACGCUCCAGUGUGAACAGCGACUGCAGGGUGACGGUCAAGGCCGACGCUCUGCAGACCCAGGCCACAGCAGAGGGCAGUAGUCGGGAGGAAACGGCGAGUACGGAUCAACAACCACACCCGGACACUAAACACAGUGAACCUGAGCCGGUCCCUCCUCUCAAACCUCCCAGAGACCCGGCGCUUGUCGUCGCCACAGACUGCCCCAAAACCCCCGUGCAGGAGUCACUCCUCGGCUCCUCGUUCACUUUCAACUCUGUCUUCUCGAACACGAUCUUCAGCGACUCAGUGGUCACGACCGCGACUGGUCCGGACGCGCUCGACGACGACCAGACCUUCCUCUGUCUGAAUCCACCCCAGGUGCAGGGCGGUCGGGUUCAGAGCGAGGAGGCGGCUCCGAGUGCGCCACUGGCGCUGCUCGGUGUAGAUAGUGAGCAGAGUCGAGGUCUGGAAGAGAAGGACAAGCCGCUCACGAUUGCAUGAAAGCAGUUGGCACAUUGUAGAACAUUGCGUCGUUGAAAUACAGCAGUUGGCUGCGAGGACUCAUUUGAUCACAUUAGCCAAAGCACACGCUUAAAGUUGCUGUAAGUGUUUUCCACUGACUGAGUAUACAGUCAUGCUAAAAGUUGUGUUGAAUAGGAAUAUGUUUAGAUCAUUUUGGUCACACUGUUUUAGUACCACUAGCAGGUUUUACGUUAUAGGUCCACAGUAUACCAGCAAAUCACAGUGUUUUGUUCUGUUAAGAUUUUUGCGCAGCUUGCUAAAAUAAGAGACGUUCUGUUUUGCCCAUGAACAAAUAGUUUGGUGAGAUUUCUUUACUCUUUACUUCUUCACCGACAAUCCUGAUGUGUGUCGUUGUGUUUGCCAAACGAUUUUUUUUUUCUUGUCUGCUGUAUCUAUUUAUUUUCCCUGUAUCAUCCACGACCUUUAACUUAUUAUAUGUUUAUUUGUGUGUCCUUUACAUUUGAAUUAAAGCACGAGUGUUAUGUGUGUGUGUGUGUGUGUGUGUGUGUGUGUGUGUGUGUGGUGUUCAUAUGUGAGAAAAUGUGCAAAUCUUGUAAUAAAUAAAUACAGUAAAAAGGGUGUGUUCCUGAAUGCAAUUUUUCCCUUAAAUAAAGAAAUCCUGUGUGUAAAAUGAUA